GGUUUAUAAAGCCUCCAUUCCCUGGUUGAAGGCACACUGCUUCCAGUGAGUCCUGCAGCUGCUGGCGCUUUGAUUCUUAAUCACAAGAUGAAAUUCAUCCUUUAUACUUUGUUCCUUUGUGGAUUCGUCCUUGAAAUCAAUGCAGAACGUGGUUUCCAAAGAUCAAACGCUCUUGAAUGGAUCAAUCAGAACGAAUCCAUUGUGGCAUGUGAGGAAUCAGCGGUUCAGAUAUUGUGUGCAGGACGUUGGCCUAUAUCUGUGAUCAGUGCUACAUAUGGACGCAGCGACCAGACGACGUGCUCCGAUGGGAUACCUGACGACCAGACUAAGAAUACUGAUUGUGCUACGAAUGCAGAUUUAGUGUUUCAGAGAUGCGAAAGGGAAUCGAUGUGCUUYGUCUUGGCCAGUAGCUCUUUGUUCGGAGAUCCCUGUGUUGGGACCUAUAAGUACCUGGAAGUGAAAUAUGUUUGCCAAUAUCCACUUCCACAUAAUGGACCCUGAAGCSACCAUCAGAUCUGCUGUGCUGAGGAUGAAAUGCAUCACAAUCAGUAACAUCUACAGACGUUGUGAUGCACUGACGUGCAGCUUCAUCUCUCCUCAGUGUCCAUCAGUUUUCUUAGCAUUUUAUUUGUUUUUCUUCUCCAAUCUUCAUCCUUUUUGGCCUUUAUUUCAACUUUUCCUCAAUA